CCAGCAUAAGUGGAGGUGUUUGACUCAAGACAAAAACGCAGCCUGUAUCCUCCCACUGAAGGCAGACCCACCACUCCUCAUACCUUUUAAACAUCUGUACUACUCCCCUUGAGGCUGUGAAGUCCACAGGACCACUGGUAGGUGAGGAAGACUGUUAAGCAAAACAGACCUGGCUGGCCUGAAAGGGUCAAACAGGGAACACGCAGCCCCUCCUGAAAGGGAAGGACUGCCACGUGGAACACGCAGCCCCUCCUGAAAGGGAAGGACUGCCACGUGUAACAUGCGGCCCUUCCUGAAAGGGAAGGACUGCCACGUGGAACACGCAGCCCUUCCUGAAAGGGAAGGACUGCCACGUGUAACAUGCGGCCCCUCCUGAAAGGGAAGGACUGCCAUGUGAAACCAGCAAGCAUAAUUAACAGCUUCUUCGUUCCAUGACCAAGAGCAGAACAUGUUCUGUGGAGAGAACACCUUUUGAUCACUGUACUGAUCAUAAUACAAAGAGCUAACUAACCAAUGAUGUAUUGCUGUCAGCCACAUGAAUGUUAUCCUAUUUAAGUAUUGUAUACUCCUGUAGCUAAAAGAUAUAAAAACCCUGUAACAACAAUAAACUUUGCUUCUUGCGCCACCAGAGCCUAAGCCCGUCUGUCCCAGGUGUCUUGAGCUGGUCUCCGUCAUAUGGUGCCGAAACCCGGGAAUCUCGGACUCCAUAUGACAAAGGCGUCGCUUCCUCCCACGAGCCGCGGUUGGUAAGUUGGAAUAGGGAGGUAAGGACUAGGGAAUUGGACAGAUUGUUAAAUAAAAUGGGACAAGCUACAAGUACAGAACGAGGCAUUUUUUCUGCAAUGCUGAAAUCAUUAUUAGUUGCCCGAGGAGUAAAAGUAACUCGGAGUCAGAUUAGUAGUUUUUUAGAUUUUAUAGAGGAAGUAUGCCCCUGGUUUCCCAGGGAUGGAACUAUUAAUAUUGAAACUUGGAAUAAAGUAGGUGAAAGACUCCAGGGCUAUCAUGCUGUGCAUGGCCCUGAGAAGGUACCUAUUGAUACCUUUACGCUUUGGACUCUAAUAAAAGAAUGUCUCAGAGGAGACACGGGAGAUGAGAAGUGGCAGCGGACCACUCGCUCAACAGAAAAGUUAUAUCCUGCCUUGUCGCGAUCAAAAUCUCUUGAUCAUAUCCCUUCGUCUAUGCCAUCGGCACCCCCACCCUCCCCUCCCCAAUAUGAGCAACCUUUGAUUUGUAAAUUAGCAAACGACUUGCCGCCUUGUAAACCUCCUGGCACUAACAUAACAAAGGAUAUUUUACCCCCUGAUGAUUGGGGAGAAUUAGAAAAAGAGGCUGCUGAAUAUCACCGUAAGGAUUUAGCGGCUGUAUUUCCAGCGUUACAAGUUGCUAAUGCCGCUGUGCAGACACAACAGACAGUCAAUCAGGCUCGAUCAGAUCACCUUGCUGUUUCACCUGCCUUUCGAGCAGGGCGAAUGCCUCCCCCGCCUGGAGUAGAUGCUUUGCUUAUGCAACAAUCCCCUAUGCAAUUAGCAUUAAAAGAAGCUAGGAAAGCUGGGGAGACAAUUUAUGAUUUUUCUGGGCACGUUUUUCCCGUGAUACAGAGCCAACAAGCAAAUGGAAACACAGUAAAUGAUUAUGAGCCUAUUCCUUUUAAACAACUCAAAGAGCUCAAAGCUGCUAGUACACAGUAUGGACCAACAGCCCCUUUUACUAUGGCAAUUUUAGAAACGGUGGCUUCUAAUGUGCUUCCCCCUGCAGACUGGCGUAGUUUAGCUAAAGCUGUUCUUACCGGAGGCGAAUACCUCUUGUGGAUGGCUGAAUAUUCUGAUCAGUGUGGUCAAUAUGCUCAGACUCCACAAUGCUUGCGGUUAGGAAUCACUUAUGAACAAUUAGCGGGGGCUGGCGACUUUGCACAUGUGUCUAAUCAAUUGAAUUUUCGACCAGAAGUAUAUGAUUAUAUCAGGCAAAUCGGUCUUUCCUCUUGGAAGAAAUUGCCAAAAUCUGGAGUUAAAAAGGAGGAGCUAACAAAAAUCCGGCAGGGAUCUGAUGAACCGUAUGAGGAAUUUGUAGCUCGCUUACUUCAAGUUUCAGCUAGACUUAUUGAAGAUUCAGAUGCUGCUCUUAUAUUGGUUAAAGAAUUGGCCUUUGAAAAUGCAAAUUCUAUUUGUCAAGCUACACUGCGACCAUGGAAAGGGAAAGCGACCCUUAAUGACUAUGUUCGCCUUUGUUCAGAGAUCGGGCCAGCGUAUGUGCAGGGUGUUACCUUAGCAGCCGCCCUCAAAGGACAAUCAAUUGAACAGGCGAUGGCUAUCCUGAAAUCAGGCAAUAAGCAAAGAGUGCCCGGUCCUCCAGGUAGUUGCUAUACAUGUGGCAAGAUGGGACAUGUAGCAAAAGAAUGUAAAAACAAAUCGGCCCCCUUUAAACAACCUAACAGUAAAGAUCCAGGCAUUUGUCCUAAAUGUAAGAAAGGAAAGCACUGGGCGAAUGAAUGCCAUUCGCGCCGAGACAAAGACGGCAAUCUAUUAGUUAAUACUCCUGGGUUACAGGGAAACGAGAGAAUGGGCCAGCCCCGGGCCCAGAAAACAAAGCGGGGAAUUUUUCCAGUCAGCGAAACGGAUCGCAACACAAAUCCGUUUCAGACCUUACCCGAGCAACUACCAACGGCGCCGGAUUGGACCUCUGUACCGCCUCCCACUUCGUAUUAACCCCAGAAAUGGGAGUGCAAGCAGUCCCUACCGGGACAUAUGGGCCGUUACCAAACAAUACAUGCGGUCUGAUAUUAGGGCGUAGUGGGCUGACAAUGAAAGGGCUAAAAGUACUGCCAGGUCUCAUAGAUCCUG